UGACAUCGUAAUAGGCUCAAUCUUUACAAGUAAACUCUGAUUUACCAAAUUGUACGACACUGCGUAUCUUAACUGCGCGCUCUCUCUCACUGUGGUUAGCUCAGAAGCUCUGCUCACAUGGCCGCCGAUUCGCCACUUUCAUCACAGCCGCCGCUCUCCUCUAAGUCCUCAAACAAAAAGGGAAAGGGAAAGAGACAGAGAAAACCACAUAAACCGGAACUCGACCGGGUUAAUUCACUCAACUGGAAUCCGUCUCUGUCAGAAGACGAUCCCUUCUCUGCUUUUGUGGGCUCUGACGAGCUCGGAGGAGGUUUUCUUUCGCUUGAAGAGAUUGAUGAAGCUGAUUUUAGUUUAGAUGUUCCUAAUCCUCCAAAGGGGAAGAAAGAGAAAAAUAUAAAGGUAAAGAAACAAAAGCAUAAUGAUGAUGAGGAUAGGGUCGAAGAAACAGUGGAAGAGGAGAAGACUGUAGAGAAUGAGAAAAUGAAAAAGAAGAAGAAGAAGAAGAGGAAGAAGGAGCAAAAAAAGAAAUUAAGGGAAAUCGAGAAAAAUGAGGAACCGGAAGCUGUUAGCAAUGGGACUGAUAAGGUUGAUGGAGAGUCAGCUGAUGAAUCUGAAUUUCAUGCAUGGAAUGAGCUGAGACUUCAUCCUUUGCUCAUGAGAUCAAUAUACCGGCUUGGGUUCAAGGAGCCAACACCAAUACAAAAAGCUUGUAUUCCUGCUGCAGCUCAUCAAGGGAAAGAUGUUAUAGGUGCUGCAGAGACUGGUUCUGGGAAGACACUUGCCUUUGGUUUGCCCAUUUUGCAGCGUCUUUUAGAGGAAAGAGAUAAAGCUGCAAAAAAGUUUGAAGAAAUGGGUGAGGAAGCUGAAAAGUUUGCCCCAAAAGGCUUUUUGCGUGCACUUGUCAUCACUCCUACAAGGGAGCUUGCAAUUCAGGUCACUGAUCAUCUUAAGGAAGCAGCUAAGGGUAUUAACAUUAGAGUAGUUCCUAUUGUUGGUGGGAUGUCAACAGAGAAGCAGGAGAGACUUUUAAAAGCAGGGCCUGAGAUUAUAGUUGGAACUCCUGGUCGGUUUUGGGAACUUAUGUCAGGAGGAGAAAAACAUCUAGUUGAGUUGCAUUCGUUGUCAUUCUUUGUGCUGGAUGAAGCUGAUCGAAUGAUUGAAAAUGGACAUUUUCGUGAGUUGCAGUCAAUAAUUGACAUGCUGCCUGUGGCCAGUGGCUCUGUUGAAGGCCAAUCUCAAAAUACAGAAAAUUGUGUGACUCUCUCAACCUUGCAAAGAAAGAAAAGACAAACAUUUGUUUUCUCUGCAACUAUAGCAUUAUCUGCUGAUUUCCGCAAGAAGCUGAAGAGGGGUUUGCUAAAAUCAAAUCAGGGAAUGGCUGAUGGACUUAAUUCUAUAGAAAUUCUCUCUGAACGUGCUGGAAUGAGAGCUGAUACUGCCAUAAUUGAUUUGACAAAUGCAUCAAUCAUGGCACAUAAGCUUGAGGAAUCAUUUAUCGAAUGCAGUGAAGAAGAUAAGGAUGCUUACCUUUACUACAUAUUGAGUGUUCAUGGUCAAGGUCGCACACUUGUUUUCUGCACAUCAAUUGCAGCUUUGCGCCAUAUUUCUGCACUCUUGCGAAUUCUUGAAGUAAAUGUUUGGACGCUUCAUGCCCAGAUGCAGCAGCGAGCUCGUUUGAAGGCAAUUGACCGUUUUCGCUCAAAUGAACAUGGUAUUCUUGUUGCUACUGAUGUUGCUGCAAGAGGCCUUGAUAUUCCUGGUGUUCGAACUGUUGUUCACUAUCAGCUUCCACAUUCAGCAGAAGUUUAUGUUCACAGAAGUGGGAGAACUGCUAGAGCUUUUGCUGAUGGAUGCAGCAUUGCUUUAAUUUCUCCGAAUGAUACCUCAAAGUUUGCCUCUUUAUGCAAAUCAUUUUCGAAGGAAAGUUUUCAGAGAUUUCCUUUAGAGGAAUCAUACAUGCCUGAGGUGAAGAAACGAUUGUCUCUUGCACGUCAAAUUGACAAGAUUACACGAAAGGACUCGCAGGAGAAGGCAAAGAAAACCUGGUUUGAACAGAAUGCCGAAUCAAUAGAGUUAAUUGUUGAGAAGGAUGACAGUGAGGAUGAAAGAGUGAACAAGUAUCAUAGAAAGAAAAUCACCUCCAUGCAAUUGAACAAAUUACGGCAGGAGCUCAAUACAUUGCUUUCACGACCAUUGCAACCAAAAACAUUUUCACAUCGCUAUUUGGCAGGGGCUGGCGUUUCACCUCUCCUUCAACAGCAGCUAGAACAACUAGCUAGGCAGACUUCAGGCAGUGAUGUGAACAUGGGAGGUAAUAAAAGAAGGAAAUUGGUGGUUAUUGGUCAGGAUUGCGUGGAGCCUCUCCAGGCACUCCGAAGCGCUGGUCAUGAGGUGCGCAUGGACAUGAAAGAGAUGGCCGAAAAACGCAGAAGUAUGGUGGAAUUGAGGAGGAAAAGAAAAGAAGAGAAGAAACGAUUAAGAGAUCAGCGGAGGAGGCAGAAGAAAAAGUUCACUGGAGAAUAGAUAUUAGAAGUCAAAUAGCUACUGGCCCUCUAUUUGUCACUAUGGUCUUGAACAUACGGGAUUUGGGAAGUCCACAUUUGUUGCCCACUUGCUCGAUAUAUUAUUAUUUAAUAUAGAAGAUAGCUUGAGAAGGUAUGUAUGCAUUGAUCAAUUAGUUAAAUUGACUUCUGACUUUUCUCAUCUACUGUUAGUUUUUUGUGUAAAAAACUGAAUACAUUUUCCUAGUCCAGUUGCGGCUGUCUAUAAGCUGUUUAUUAUUGAGAAAAUAUUUGGAUUCGUGAACAUGGAAUUUUAAGUGGACAAAAGCAUACAAGAUUACUGCGAAAUAAUUUGAGUCUGUUUGUAAGAUCAUUUGUUCUUAUCUUUAAAAAUUUCAUUGACAUUGUUUGGAGCGUCUUAAGAAUAAUAUUAGGUUCUGUUUGAUAAA